AUGUCUCGACCUAAGGAUGGACUCCCUCCUCAGGUCGUGCGGAGGAGGUUCUCUGGUCCUCUGCUGCUGCCCCCUCUGUCCCGGAGGCACUCGUUUCAGGGUCUCUCCACACACCAUCGGCCCCUGUUCCACCCAGAGGUCCACCCGGAGGUCCACCCGGAGGUCCACCCGGAGGUCCACCCAGAGGCCCUGGCCCACCUGCAGGGCCUGUACUCUCGGGCCCUGGCCGGACAUGACGAGCUACGAUUCGAUUUGGAGAAUGGAUUGUCUGUCGGCCGCUGCCCCCUGGACUUCCAGACCAGUCCUGGAUCAGGUCCUGGAUCAGGUCCUGGAUCGGGGUAUGGAUCAGGUCUGGUCCUUCAGGCCAACUACCCCCACAGCCAGAGGAGAGAGUCCUUCCUCUAUCGCUCUGACUCUGACUUCGACCUGUCGCCCAAAGCCAUGUCCCGGAACUCCUCCACAACCAGCGACCUACACGGUGAAGACAUGAUCGUCACACCAUUCGCUCAGGUUCUUGCGAGUCUCCGUACUGUGAGGAGCAGCUGUGCAGCUCUGACCCAACUCCAGGACCAUGUGGGAAACAAGUAA